AUGGAUGACCUGUACCGCACACACACACAAACACAAGAAGUUGGUCAAAUUUGCUACGCAAUGUAGGGAACUUAACAACAUGUGGCCACUAAAUCGGUACACGUACUGACGGGUGGAACGAUGGUGGGAAAAGGGUGAGGAACCGUGCUGAUUAGUUUGGUGUUCUAAUAUAAAAACCCAUCCACUUGCAGGUGGACGGUUUCAGUAGUGUGUUCGAAUUGAACGGAACUCGAUCGAACAGAAGCUGUUCUGGGAGGACAUUAUUAUAAUUUUGUGCCUGUUUAGCUAGUGUUCCGUGUUUGUGCGUGUGUCUGUGUGUGUUUUAUCAACUGUGAUAACGCUAAAGUACGAAGAUUUGGAUAAAAUCAUCCUAACAAAGCUAUUGUUCAAAAUGAAUGUGAAAUUGUCGGCAACGUGGCUACUUCUACUGGUGUUUACAGUGCAUAAAGCACACGGACAGCUGCGGUGCUAUGUGUGUGACAACUGUCCCGAUCCGUUCGAGGGCACCUCGUCCCAGCUGCAGUCCUGUCCACCAUCGGAAUCGACCACCACAACACAGAUACCACCCGGUGGUGAUACGACGGUCCUAACGCCGCCACCACUUCCGACGGGAGAAGGUCCCGGCGCUACGACGACCACCGAAGCAACGACCUUGGCUCCUCCAACUCCCAGCACACCGGAAAUCACUCCACCACCCCUACCGGGUGGCCGUCGAAAACGACAAGCGUCUGGAUAUCGAUGCUUCCGGAUUGAGUUCUCUAACACUGUUCGUCGAGGCUGUGCUGCGUUUCUGGGCAACGAUGGUGACACAUGUUCGUCCGUUAAUGGUGGAACUGCUCCAAGCGAAUGUACACUCUGCGACUGGGACGAAUGCAAUAGUGCGGCCGGGCUUCGUGUGUCGCUGUUCGCUUUACUACUAGCUGUACUACUUUCCGUUGUGCUGAAACAGUAACUACCUUCAAUUGUUGGCCAUUUUCAUCAAUUCGUUACAUAAAAUCUAAAAGAAGAAAAAGAAAUCAUUGUUAAAGCAAGGUAAUCACUCACAAGGGACGUUAAAUGGACAGAGUCAUCCGCAUGUUAAACAUGGUGCGUAAAGCAAAUCAAUCCCGCGCUGGAAAGAAGGUUAGGUUCUUAAAUCAACUACACAAAAACUAGCUCAUAUCACUAGGGUUAGCAGUUUGAUGAGAAAAUAAAUGGUAAAAUAAUCAUAACGAAA